AAUCACCAUUACCGUUCCCUUUAUCGACUAGCAUAAAAUAUUGAAGGAGGAAGAAAGAAAAGCUUUGGAACAGCUGCGAAAAUUGGAAAACCCCGCAGACACCGAACUGGUUUGUGCUGGCGAAAUCCGCAUGAACUCUGCCGUUGACCAUCGACCUCCCAAGAAGGGAAAAAUUGAUGACUGGAGGCGGGAAGCUACGAGCACCUGGCAGCGCAUCGUUGCUGAUUGCAAGGUCCUGAAAGAGGAGAUCAGAGCUUCGAAAGAUGAAAUUUCAGAAAUUCGAGAUAUCGCUCGAACGCAAACCAAUAAACAGAUGACUGGAUAUAAAGGAAUCUCUGAUUGGGCGAAGGAUGCUCUCGAUGCUCAUAAUGAGAGUAUUAGGGCAUUGUCCGCUGUAUCUGUUCUAGGUGCUGGUCUAAGCUAUACCUCCAUUGUCAGCGCCACUCGAGGAAAUAUAUCCUACAUGUGCUGCUCCUUUGUACUGUUCAUGAUCUGUCUCAUGUUCGCUACUGCCGUCCAAGUCGUGCUCACUUGGUGUAGUCACCGGGCGAACUACCCGUUUCCAAAUCCACAUCUCUGGGAAAUUAUCGUGGCCAUUGGUGUUUAUGGAGCUGGAGCGUCUAUGGCCGUAGCCAUCAUUUUCUUAUUGGUAUCCGUUCAACUUUUGAGCCCUAACCCUAGCGCCCCACCAGUGGUCACUUUUUCACCAAAGGCCUCAGCAUAUGUUACGUAUGCGCUCUUGGGAUCUAUCUUCAUAAUUGUCCUUCUCGCAUUUUCCACUUUUGCUUCAGCAAACGGUUUCAAAUUCCUCAUUUGGAGACGGUCGGAGGAGCGCCUCGCUACGAAGGCGAAAAGGCUGGAGGAUUUCGUCUGAUGACCUGACCUCAGGAUACAUGCUUUAUCAUUGUGAUCGCAUCAAUCACCCCUCACAUAGACCACUGCAUGUAUCGAUCAAUGCGUUCUGUGCCUCGAUUUUGAGGGCAUCUCGGCGGUGGUAGCUUGACUUGUUACCUAAGGAAGAAUCUCUGUCAGACCAUCUCGUC